AUGUACUGUAUUAAGACACUCGCGUUCCUCCCGCUGCUGGUUUCCUCCGUGCUAGGCCAAGCUGGCAAGAUUCGUUACAUGCCCUUCGGAGACUCGAUCACUGAAAUCAUCUGCUGGCGCGGCCUUCUCUACACUCAACUCCAAGCCGCCGGUUACACGAAUGUCGAUUUCGUAGGCUCAGGAAAUGGUCAAAAUCCUUCGGGAUGCUCAACCGCGACCUAUGAUAGAGACAACGAGGGCCAUUCUGGGUUUUUGGCCAUCAACAUUGCCAACAAUAAGCAACUUGUUGGUUGGUUGCAGAAGAAUCCAGCGGAUAUCAUUACUAUGCAUUUGGGAACCAACGAUAUUAGUCAAGGCAAACCGACUGCUGAUAUUCUCACUGCGUUCUCGAAAUUGAUUGAUGUUAUGAGAGCUUCUAACCCCACUAUGAAGAUCAUUGUUGCUCAAAUCAUUCCAAAUAAUUACAUCAAUCCCGGUGUUCAAGCCCUCAAUAAAGCGAUCCCUGCUUGGGCCGUGUCAAAGAAUACUACCUCAUCGCCUAUUUGGGUUGUGGAUCAGUACACCGGCUUCCGUACCUCGGAUCUGAGUGAUGGUAUCCAUCCUAAUGCCGCUGGUGAUGCUGUGAUGGCUUCGCGGUGGUUUCCUGCACUUAAAAGAGCGAUCAACCUGAUGAACGUAACAGGUCACUAA